AUCCCUGUUUUCCCUAUAUAAGUAGCAUUACAGAUAGAGCGGAGCAUAACAACCUUUACGAAUAAAGUUGCAGUUUUUACCACUAGAUCAGUACAAACGUUGCUGUCCAGAAUGGCCGCUUUAUUGGAGCUGAUGACUAUGGUCCGUUAUUACGUGGAUGUGCCGACGUUCCUGGUGGCCGCCUGUGUGUGCCUGCUGACUUUCCUGUACCUGCAGCGACCCAAGAACCUCCCGCCUGGACCCUGGGGCUGGCCGCUUCUCGGGAACAUCCCCACUUUAGCUAAGUGUGCCUUUGUGCCUGCCACCUUCACGGAGUGGUCCAAACAAUACGGCGACGUCAUUUCGGUGAGGAUCGGGCUGGAUGUAAACAUCGUCGUCAGCGGCUACAAGACCAUCCGGAAUGCCCUGGUCAAGCGGGCUGAUGAGUUCUCCAGUCGGAGGAUCUACCAUAAGGUAGCGGAUCUACGUGGUGGGGAGGGAAUCGCACCCACUUCAACAAAAGGUGUGCUCUUCGCCGCCUAUGGCCCAGAGUGGAAACACCAGCGUAAGUUUACCCUGAUGACCCUCCGUGACUUCGGCGUCGGCAAGCGGAGUUUGGAGGGUAAGAUAGGAGAGGAGGCCAACAUGCUAGUCCAGGAAGUUGGGUCGACAAACGGGCAACCAUUUGAUUUUAAAGAACUGUUGCCGAACGCCAUUUCUAAUGUCAUUUGCUCCAUUGCCUUCGGGAAUCGAUUUGAAUAUGGCGACCCUGAGUUCGUUCGGCUGAUUGGCCUGAUGAACGCCGCUGUGGACGCCCAGCCUUCCCGGGAUGUUCUUCCAAACAUACAUCCCGUGUUUCGGCACCUCCCAUUCGGAGCGCCAAACCAUGACAAAUUGGUCAAAUUCGUUUUGGACAUGCAAGCGUUCUGUAAAGAACAGAUACAGAAACACAGGGAGAGCUUCGACCCAAACGACAUCCGGGACUUCACAGACGCCUUCCUCCUUGAACAACAGCAGGCUCAGGACGAACAGGCACGGGCGCACUUCACCGACAAGCAGCUGGAAGAGCUACUUUUUGACUUGUUCGUCGCUGGAACAGAAACCACCUCUACCACCACUCGCUGGGCCGUGCUGUAUAUGGUAUUAAACCCCGACAUCCAGGAAAAGGUUCACCGGGAGAUUGACUCAAUUCUGGGUCAAGCUCCUGCGUCCUACGAUCAACGGAACAGCAUGCCCUACACAACAGCGACCCUAGCGGAAGUCCAUCGCAUCAACACCAUCGUGCCCCUGACUGUUCCCCACGCUGCAUCCAAGGACACCAUCCUCAACGGCUACACCAUCCCUGCUGACGCCACUCUCCUUUUUAACCUGUGGUCCGUCCACAUGGACCCUCAGCUGUUCCCGGAACCGGACAAGUUCAACCCCGACAGGUUCCUGGAUCAGGACGGGAACUUCGUCAAGCAUGAGGCGCUCAUCCCGUUCUCCAUUGGCCACCGAGUGUGCCUUGGAGAGCAGCUGGCAAGGAUGGAGCUUUUCCUGCUGUUCGUCUCGUUGAUGCAGCGUUUCACGUUCAAUCUGCCAGAGGGCGCUCCAUUGCCUUCCACGGUGGGAGAGUUUGGCGGGAUCGUCAAUGUGCCUCGGCCCUUUGACGUGCGCGCAAUCCCACGCGAGUAAUGAACAUAGCAGGCUAGCAGGUAAAGGAUAUCGUUCUAAUUACAGGAGUUUUCUUCUACACAACCAAUAAAGUCGCUGACCUUCUUACGCUGUAAAUCAGACACUUUCAUCCUCAGAGCUUCUGACUAGAUUGCUGCAUCUCACCGCCAUAUCAUGUAGCUGAUGUAGGUGACGCUUUUGCGGCACGAACACAAUCCCAAACGUGACUAAGUUUGUACCCCC